UGUGAUUGUGAUUUUUAUGGUUCCAGGAAAUAUUUAACACUUUGUGGAUUUGGUGGUAUUCUUAGUUGCGGACUUACACAUACAGCAAUUGUUCCUCUUGAUUUGGUGAAAUGCAGAAUUCAGGUUGACCCUACGAAAUACAAGAGUACAGUAAAUGGUUUCCGUGUAACUUUAGCGGAGGAAGGAGUGCGUGCACUAGGUAAAGGAUGGGCACCAACCUUUGUCGGCUACUCCAUGCAGGGACUGUGCAAGUUCGGUCUUUAUGAAGUUUUCAAGAUCCAGUACAGCAAUUUGGUUGGAGAGGAAAAUUCGUACCUUUAUAGAACUUCAUUAUACUUGGCUGCCAGCGCGAGUGCUGAGUUCUUUGCUGAUAUUGCACUGGCACCAAUGGAAGCAGUGAAGGUCAAGAUCCAAACAUCCCCAGGCUGGGCUGGCACGUUAAGGGAAGGAGUUCCAAAAAUGAUGCAAUCAGAAGGAAUUAGAGGGUUUUACAAGGGCCUUCCACCAUUGUGGCUUCGACAAAUCCCGUACACUAUGAUGAAGUUUGCAUGCUUUGAGCGUACUGUAGAGGCCCUGUACAAGUAUGUGGUACCAAAACCAAGAGCAGAAUGCAGCAAACCAGAGCAGCUUGUUGUCACCUUUGUUGCUGGCUACAUUGCUGGUGUGUUCUGUGCUAUUGUGUCGCAUCCUGCUGACUCGGUUGUAUCCAAAUUGAACAAGGAGGUUGGUAGCACUCCACUGCAAGCAGCAAAGGAUCUUGGAAUGGCCGGUUUAUGGAAGGGCUUGACGCCACGUAUCAUCAUGAUUGGUACUCUCACCGCCUUGCAAUGGUUCAUCUACGACUCCGUGAAGGUCUACUUCAGGAUGCCACGCCCACCUCCACCAGAGAUGCCAGAAAGCCUGAAGAGAAAACUAGCUGCUAAGGAGUCACAAUAAAUUUACCACUCAGGAUGAUAAAAAUUUGAAAUAUGGAUUAGUAAUGGGGAAUAAAGCAGAGUUUUCAUCUAAUAUAUAUUAAAAUAAUUCUUCAUCAAAGUAGUUAUUUAAAAACUAAAGAAUUUAAUUAUUGGUAUAAAUUAAUGUUAAAAGCAUUGAUUAAUUAUUGCUGUCUUUACAUACUCACACUAUGUUUUUUCUCUGUGGCUCAUUUGUUUGUGAACGUUCCUAUGACAAAUUCAGAUACGACUUAGGACUCGCUUUUACAUACAGAAUAUGUCUUCUCUGUGGCUAAUUUUUUGUGAAUGUUCUUAUGACAAAUUCAGAUACGACUUCAAAGACUAUCACUUUAUAUUAAAGUAGCCGUUGUAGAAGCAACCUUACCUUUUACAUGAAUGCCAAAAGGUGACAAAUACUGUGUUGUUGUGCAUAGAUUUUUAUUUGCAACACUAAUUCCUUCUGUAUCAAAACUUAUAAUAAUUAUUCACUUUGUACUAUUGGCAUAUUUAGAUAUCUUUAUUCUUAUUAUUAUCUCAAUAUCUUGUUCAGUAUUUGCUGUGUUUGUCAUAUUUGGUCACAAUCUACCCGAUGAAAUAAAUUGAAUGUUUAAAUAUCUGCAGUGAACUGUUGGAUUAUUGGUGAGUCAUAAUUCCUGGAAUAAAUAAUUAUCAGAUGUCAUGA